AUGCUCAUCCUUAAGCGUGCCCUACUCUUUGGUUUGGCAGCUGCCAACCUGGUCGCCUCACGAGCCCACGGUCAUGUGCCUUCUGAUGGCUACAUUUCCAGAAGAGGACUGGCCGAGCCCACUGGAAACGACAGAAUUCCCGACGGAAUUCAGCUCGGAAACGACAAGUGGACUCGGCAGGAGAUUGUUGACGCCAUUGCACCUGGCAAAUCCUCCAAACCGUUCGGAAACAACGGCUUGGAGUUUAAAGGCGGCAGAUGGCAGCCCAAGACUGGCGGCCUGUUUGAGGUCGGAAAAUCAAAGCUGCUCGAGUACGACUUGACCAAGUCAACGUCCCGAGGGAAAUACCGAGCCAUCACUACCAGCAAUCGAAACUUCAUCGGAAUUACGGAACAUGUAGAGAACAACAACGUCCGAGCCUUCUACGAUGUCAAGCAAAAAGUUUCCGAUGGUUUCUACCUCACUGACCCACCGAUGCCGGAUAUCGUGACUGGCACCAAUGGGGCGCGAUUCGCCCGCAAGGACAUUGCGGCAGCUAUGGUGAGCCAGACAAAGACGAAGACCUCAAAUGGAAAGUGGAGGUCCAAGAUCACGGCUCUUGGUGGAGCGGAUGCGGGAGCGUACAAUGUCGUUUAUGACGGAAAUAGAUUCGUGUAUAUCGAAGAUGGAUCUGACAUCGACGCGCCAAUUGCUCAGAGAAAGCUUUAUCCAGCACCGAAAUGCAAGCGAGAUGGAACCGGUGACUGCAUUUUGGGGGAGGAAGAGGAGGAGACUGGCCUGAACAACACCAAAGAGGAUGGGAAGACGACUGAGCCAACGGAAGAGGAGGGCAAGACGGCCGAGCCGGCGGAAGAGGAAGGGAAGCUUACCGAACAUACCACUCCGCUUGAAGAAGGCGCGACUCCUAUCGAGAGCGCCGAGUCGGUCAAGAUAGCCGAAGAAAUCUCGCAAAGGGAGUUCGCCGAACUCGCCGCUCGCGGCGGAAUGUCCAAGUCCAUCAAGGACGCAUUCUCCCUCUCGAUCCAAGACGCGCGCAGCAAACUCCUGGGCUACAAACCCCUCACCCUCGAGUCGUCGCGGUUCGAGCUCGCCGCCGGAAAGCUGGCCAAUCUUCCCUUCGAGAGAAUUGCCGUCGGCUCGUACAUCAACGGUGUCACCGAGGCGUUCGAGAAGGACGUCAACAUCUUCGACAAGGCCAAGGCCGUGACCUCCAUCGUGCCCAUCAUCGGCUGCACCGCCAACGCCGUCUCCGAGGCCUUCAAGGACAACUUUGACAUGCUCGACACCGUGCUCUGCGGCCUUGGCGACGGGCUGAUGCUGUCGCCCGCCGCGCCGAUCGGCCUCGCCAUCCACGCUAUCCGCGGCAUCAUCAAGGCGUUUGACCCGCCGCCGGUGCCUAAGCAGGAGGACCUGCUCAAGACCCGAGACGACCAGUGGAACAAGUUCCUGGCCGACUACGUCUACGCCUACAUCUACUCAAAGGUUAACGACAACUCUACGUCGAAGGAGCAGCCGUUCCGUACGAAACUGGGCGGCACACUGGCCAUGCACGGCCUGGCCGUCGUCUCCGAGGGAGCCAAGAACAUCGGCGUCGCGAACGCGGUCGCGCAAAAGUCGCUGGGUGCGAGCAAGGAUGGCGGCGACAAGGCGGGCAUCGAGCAGACACUGAGCAAGGCAACCGAGGGCAUCCGGGCGGGCGUUUGGAACGAGACCUUGCGCCAGCAGCGCAACCACCUCCUCGCGCUGCCCGACAUGCUCCGCGACGGCGCCGCGGCCUCGCUGAAGUCCAUGGCUGACAACCUCAACAAGGAGUACGUGGACCGCCUCAAAUCGCCGGAGAUGGCCGAGCACUACAAGAAGGUCACCCCAGUGCCCGGCGUGUCCGGCACGGAGAGCAACAACCUGGCCGAGGUCCGCGAGAAGCUGCAAAAGAUCGCCACGUACCUCCAGAGCAAGCCCCCGGUGCUGCCGCCGUCCUUCAACCUCGCGUACAUGCUCGGCCAGUCCAAGGGCCUGCAGGGGCUUGACCCCGCGGUGCUCUCCCCGCGCGACUACCUGCGCGAGCUGCCCGGCUCCAACCUCUCCGAGGACCGCAUCAACUUCUUCGUCGUCUUCCACGCGCUCGAGGUGGCGAUGCUGUUGCGCGGCGAGCUCAAGAGGACCGAGGACGAGCUGCGCAACCCGUGGAAGUCGGACAUCAAGGACGCGCGCCCGCUGCAGCUGCUGAUCGCGAUCAAGUUCGGGCACCUCUACGAGGAGGAGCAGAAGCAGGGGGCGGCGCACCCGGACAUCCCGCCGCUGGUGAAGCAGAACGAUCUCGGUUCGGUGGAGUGGUUGGCGAAGAUCACGGGGCUCAGCGAGGAAGAGGUCGAGAAGGUGCCCAAGGGGGGCGAGUCGCUGUCGUACCUCAAGCUGGUGACGGAUGAGAAGAUGGUGCUCGCCAUGCAGGAUCUGCUAAGAGGGCGGGCCGGGGGCAAGGCUUCCAAGCCGUAG